AUGGCGUCGUCCUUAGUGCACCCCAGCUCAGUUUCACCCCUCCAAAACCCUAAAAAGUUGGGGCUUGUGGCAAACGCAAUGAAGCGCAAAGACAAAUUCAUUAAGUUCUUUGCCAUGACUGGGAUCUUGCUGUUAAGUGUUAGAUCUCUAGGUCAAAAGUAUCAGAUUCAUGACCUUCUCGAGGACACUUCAGCUUUUAAACAAGAGGAAGAAACCCUAAACAAUCGCAUGAACAACAUUAAGCAAGCCCUUCUCCACGAGGCCUCCCUCGAGCCCACUGGUCUCUUUGCUUCCAAGCUACGCCUUCUCUUUGGUGAAGACUAA